AUGUUAACGUUCAAGUAUUUCAAAAAGUUGAUUAGUGGAGACCACGGUUGUUCUUGUUCUUCUAUCGGACUGGUCAUGACCAUGUUCCUGAAAGGCGUGGCCGUCACAUUGUUAUGUGUGAUGAAUCUCGCCACAGUUUAUGGUUCUACAACUUCUGGAUCAGUCACUGCUUCGACUGACAGUAGCACACAAUAUAUAGACUCUGCUUCGACUGACAGCAGUACACAAUACAUGGGCUCUGCUUCGACUGACAGUAGUACACAAUACACGGGCUCUGCUUCGACUGACAGUAGUACACAAUACACGGGCUCUGCUUCGACUGACAGUAGUACACAAUACACGGGCUCUGCUUCGACUGACAGUAGUACACAAUACACGGGCUCUGCUUCGACAGACAGUAGUACACAAAACAUGGGUUCUUCGUCAACAGACAGUAGUACACAAUACACGGGCUCUGCUUCGACUGACAGUAGUACACAAUACACGGGCUCUGCUUCGACUGACAGUAGUACACAAUACACGGGCUCUGCUUCGACUGACAGUAGUACACAAUACAUGGGCUCUGCUUCGACUGACAGUAGUACACAAUACACGGGCUCUGCUUCGACAGACAGUAGUACACAAUACACGGGCUCUGCUUCGACAGACAGCAGUACACAAUACACGGGCUCUGCUUCGACAGAUAGCAGUACACAAUACACGGGCUCUGCUUCGACUGACAGUAGUACACAAUAUAUGGGCUCUGCUUCGACAGACAGUAGUACACAAUACACGAGCUCUGCUUCGACAGACAGUAGUACACAAUACACGGGCUCUGCUUCGACUGACAGUAGUACACAAUACAUGGGCUCUGCUUCGACAGAAAAUAGUACACAAUACACGGGCUCUGCUUCGACAGACAGUAGUACACAAUACACGGGCUCUGCUUCGACAGACAGUAGUACACAAUACAUGGGUUCUUCGUCAACAGACAGUAGUACACAAUACAUGGGCUCUGCUUCGACAGACAGCAGUACACAAUACAUCGGCUCUGCUUCGACAGACAGCAGUACACAAUACACGGGCUCUGCUUCGACAGAUAGCAGUACACAAUACACGGGCUCUGCUUCGACAGACAUUAGUACACAAUACACGGGCUCUGCUUCGACUGACAGUAGUACACAAUACACGGGCUCUGCUUCGACUGACAGUAGUACACAAUACACGGGCUCUGCUUCGACUGACAGUAGUACACAAUACACGGGCUCUGCUUCGACAGACAGUAGUACACAAUACACGGGCUCUGCUUCGACUGACAGUAGUACACAAUACGCGGGCUCUGCUUCGACAGGCAGUAGUACACAAUACGCGGGCUCUGCUUCGACAGACAGUAGUACACAAUACCCGGGCUCUGCUUCGACUGACAGUAGUACACAAUACACGGGCUCUGCUUCGACUGACAGUAGUACACAAUACACGGGCUCUGCUUCGACAGACAGUAGUACACAAUACACGGGCUCUGCUUCGACUGACAGUAGUACACAAUACAUGGGCUCUGCUUCGACAGACAGCAGUACACAAUACACGGGCUCUGCUUCGACAGACAGUAGUGCACAAUACAUGAGUUCUGCUUCGACCGACAGUAGUACACAAUACACGGGCUCUGCUUCGACAGACAGUAGUACACAAUACAUGGGUUCUUCGUCAACAGACAGUAGUACACAAUACACGGGCUCUGCUUCGACAGACAGUAGUACACAAUACAUGAGUUCUGCUUCGACAGACAGUAGUACACAAUACAUGGGUUCUUCGUCAACAGACAGUAGUACACAAUACACGGGCUCUGCUUCGACAGACAGUAGUACACAAUACAUGGGCUCUGCUUCGACAGACAGUAGUACACAAUACACGAGCUCUGCUUCGACAGACAGUAGUACACAAGACCCGAGUUCUUCGUCUACAGACAGCAGUACACAAUACAUGGGUUCUUCGUCAACAGCCAGUAGUACACAAUACAUGGGUUCUUCGUCAACAGACAGUAGUACACAAUACAUCGGCUCUGCUUCGACCGAUAGUAGUACACAAUACAUAGGCUCUACAUCUACAGACAGUAGUACACAAUAUAUAGGCUCUACUCAAUCCACCGGCAGUGCCCAACAAAUUAGCUCAAGUUCAUCAAGUGGUAGCACACAAAUAAGCUCUAUCGGAAGUAGCACACAACCAACGUUGACUUCAACAACUUUGGUAAGCAACUCUACCACGUCAUCACAAGCAACAACAACGAGUUCUGUGACCACAAACCAGCAAGCAACAACAACAACAACAACAACAUCAACAACAACAACGCCAACGACAACAACCGCUAUCGAUAAUGUAGAUAAUACCGCAUGCGUGAACGGUAGCGGAAGUUGCUUCCUCCAAGAUGACUCGCUGGGAGCUGGAGGUACGUCUCAUAACUAG